GGGAAAAGUGUCAUUUCCCACGCAUUGCUCUUAUUCUCAUACUAUUAAUUACCUGGCCGCUGCGUCGUUAUGCGUUCGUCGGGCUUCUUCAGCUCCGUAAGGCUGUGCUGAGGGAUAUUGGCUGCGGGGGAAGGGUAGCUUUCUAUUUUUAGCCCCGCGCGCUGAAGAAUACAGCAAAAGAGGCGCCCACAAGCCCCAAACGCUGUGUUGCAGACGACACAGAGUCAAUGUGGCGGUAGAUGAGGCACUCUGGGAAUAGUGUGGCGGUAAGGCGAAGCGCAGUUCGGCUAUGUGGUUGGAUGCAUGCACGAGUUCGUUGGACAACAGCCCUGGUUGUUGUAGGCAAGCUUUUGUCGUGCUUACAGUAGAAGGUUUGUAGUCGGCUGUCCAGUAACACUUGGUCUGCCUCUCUUUUUAUAUAAUACAAGUAUGCCUAGCAUGAUACACUUCGGUUGGUUUCCUAGGCAUAAAGAAAGCUGUUGCACAAAAUGAACAAAAAUAAAGAGCAAAAAUACGUGGACAACUCUGUGCGGUUCACAAGUCAUCAGAAAUCACAAGUGCUGACAUGCUUAAUUACAGUCUGACAGCUGAAGCUCAAGCUCACCCCGCAAACUAGCCGACAUCGGCAUUGGGAGAACAACGAAAUCUGCUUCAUCUUCUUCACCAACAUCGCAAUUUUUAUUAAACCGAACAAAUGUCGCAGCCAAUUUGGAUCGAGACGCAUGACUGGCAUACAGCCGGAGAACCAUUCCGUAUUGUCCCAACGCUGCCCGACGAUGCACUACCGUCAUCCUCCACUGUAGCUCAGCGGCGGUUUGACAUCUUGGCCACGCCAAACCACCCGCUGGAUCAGCUCCGUCGCUCUCUAUGCCAUGAACCCCGUGGCCAUGCCGACAUGUACGGCGGUUUCAUCACCCCGCCAAACGACGAUGGUGCAUUGUUUGGAGUUCUCUUCUGGCACAAGGAUGGCUUCUCCACGGCGUGUGGUCAUGGAACCAUAGCUCUUGGAUACUGGGCGCUGCACACAGGAAAGCUCAAGGCCCCUGAAAAUGGGCAGGUCGAUGUGGUUGUCGAUUGUCCGUCUGGCAGGGUUGUUGCUCGCAUGGGCGUUGAGAAGGGCAAAGCCGUCCAUGCAGACUUUAUCAACGUCACUAGUUACCAGCUUUCCAAGGGUUUGCCCACGACUAUACCGUCGUUUGGUACGGAACUAAGCGUGGAUUUAACCUUUGGCGGUGCAGUGUAUGCCACGUUGGACGCUGCACAGGUAGGCUUGGAAGUCAAGCCUUGCAAUGUCGCCCGCUUCAUCCAGUAUGCGCGGGAAAUCAAGGUAGCGCUUGGUGAGCGAGCCCACUACGGCAAGUAUGAUUGCUACGGCGUUAUAUUCUUCGACGAUAUUGCUAGCGAGCAAGGCAUAGUGACCCAACGAAAUGUCACGGUGUUUGCCGAUGGCCAGAUUGAUAGAUCUCCUUGCGGCUCGGGAAGCUGUGCGCGUCUGGCAGUCUUGUUAGCGCAAAAGAGGCUCGAUACGCAGGGCAAGCUCGUCAACCAGUCCAUCAUUGGGUCAUCAUUUGAGGCAACCGUCCAGGAGCUGGUCCAGGGACCGGGAGAAUUCCCAGCUGUGAUCCCCAUUGUUAGAGGCCGAGCUAGCCUAGUUGGAGAAAUGAAGUUUUACAUUGAUGAUGCAGAUGAAUUGCACCCGGGAUUCCUGCUGCGAUAGAAUACGGAUUCUAUAAUUGAUGAUAGAUGAUAGCUCUACUGACGAUAGCAAAUGAUAAGUCUACAU